UUUCAACUAAGCUCCAUAGCUUUUUGUUCAGUAAUUAAGUAUAUAACGUUUUUUAUUAUAUCGAGGCCACCAAUUUUUUUUUCGACGCCGUUGCGAUCUUCAUUGCGCGCGCAGUGUUGAAAAGUGUGUUUGAAAUAUUAACGCUUUGUUUUUUUCUGGUACAGCGUCGGUUUUCUGCUGCUCCUUUCCCAAAUUCUAUUAUUAAUUGCCAGUUUAGUUCUUAUUAACGUUCGCGUGGCCAAUUAGGCAGAUAAUAUAAGCAGUUAUGGACGAUUCGCGCAGAUCGAUGGCGGGAAAGAUCGAUUCCCGCCGCUCGUCGAUGGCGACCAACGAUGAGAGCGUUACAAUGUACCUCUCCUUUGACGCGGACGACACUCUGUCCAGCAAGUGGCAAUCUGCAAUGGUCACACAGAGCAGCCAAUACUUGGAGGUGCACAACAGCAAGCUGGAGGCCAACGUGGAGAAGGUUUCGGAAGACCAUGAUCUCAGGCGCUCCGUCCUGAAGGAUCUGCAGCAGCUCGCCAUUGGCGAACCGGACCAAAGCUCUCCACUUCGCCCAUUUGACAAGAGUAUACUCAACCUGCACAACGCCUUGUGCUCCACUCCCUCUAAGGACAAACCUCGGGCCGACUCCGUUCCACAGAUUUUGACCAUGGACCUGACUAAUGUGGACGACAAGGAGAACACCCAGCCGGAUGAGGAUAACCAUACUGGCGGCGAAAACUCAACGCUGUCCAGUUCCGUGGACUUGACCGCCAACACGGUGAAGGCCAACACCCUGAAGACCGAGGACGCCACCAUGGAUGAUGUCUCAAUGCAGGAGACCCCCAAGCCCCAGGCUCCAAGCCAAGUCUAUCCUUUGAGCGCCAACGUGGUUCUGGAGAACAUAACUGAAGUGUCCAAUGAAGGUGUGUCCAUGCUGGCCUCGCCAACUGAAAAGGAGGUGCCCCAGGUCACAGAGGUGGUAAACGAAGUCACGGAGUUAAUUGCCAAAGCAUUGAAAAUCUCCGCCGACUCUGUCAAGCCAUCUUCUUCAAAAUUAAAAGUAGAGGUGGGCAAAAAGAGGCAGUCCAUGUCUUCCACCAAUUCGGGCGCCUUGCCACGCCCGCGACGCUCGUUUCUGCCUACCACCAGUGCCGAAACCCGCACAUACUCAUUCAAGCAGCGCAUGUCGGUUGUGGUCAAGACCACGCUUAAUAGUCCAGCCCGCAAGCUGAGUGCGGGCGGCGGCUUGGCAGUGAACCGCCGCAGCUGUUUGCCAGUGUCCAAGCUUACAAAGGCUACCAAUCGCAAGUCGCUCGCUGUCACCAGCAGCCGUUCGCCCCAGAAGAUCACACCCAAGCUAGCCAAACCUCCGGCCAAAAGCAUUCCGGACUCUGUAUUUAACUGCAAGUCUUGCGGAACCAACUUUCGCUUAAAGUCACUGCUGGAUAUGCAUAUGCGUGCGCACGACUUGGUGGACAACGGACCCAAGACGCUGAAGCGUCUGAAUACCAAUCCAGCUGGGGCGGGCGUCUCCAAGAACCGCUGCAAGUUCUGCGACAAGAACUUCGCCCUGGAGCGCGCCCUGCACAUUCACUUGAUGCAAAACUGCGACAAGAUCCCGCCGGCCGAGAAGCGCAAGCUGCAGUUCACCGAACUGAACCACGAGAAGAAGGCCCAGCUGCCCAAGAUCGGUGCCAUCAGUGUUGUUCCCGCACCAGUGCCUGUGCCGCAGAAGCCUCAGCACCGCAUGAGCACGAUUCCAAAAAUGGCUUCCUCGAAAAUGGCUCAGCCAAUGGCCCCGCCGUCCGUAAAGAAGAUUCCCAAGAAUGUGGCGCAUGCCGGCGUUUACCGUACUCCCACUAAGUCUGUGCCCUGCCACAUCUGUAAGCAGUCCUUCAAAAGCAUACUCGAGUUCACCAACCACAGCCUGACUGUGCAUGCAAAGAGCCAGCCGCAAGAGGUGACCGGCGGUGAGGAUGCACAGAGUGCCAAGGAUUAAAUCAAAUGAUUCGUGUGUAGCCUAGUCUAGGUCUAAGUUUAAUGUAAUUUAAUCUCUCCCAGUUUAAAUGCACAUUAACAUUA